CUCUAAACUCCACAGCUUUCCCUAUAUAUUACAUAGUAAAGCUUCCUUCUUACAUAUCUCCAGUACCAUUUCCAUCUCCAGCUUCGCAUCUUUGCCAACACCCGCAACCGUCGCAUACUUAAAUAAAUAUAACCAGAAGACCUACAUACUACCCCCUAUUUUAGAGCGUCUUUGAACAACACGCACACACGCAAUGGUGCCCAUGACGCGCGUGGACCACGAUGCUCUUGAGCAACAACUCAAAGACACAAUCCAAACCCUCACCAACGUCCUCGUCCAAGUAACCAACUACGACGCCGCCGCCGCCGCCCCCCCCUCCGGCGGUAACAACACCCCCUCCUCCACCACCUCCCCCCACAGCCGCCCGUCCCGGGACGUCAUCGCCAACGAGCUGCGCACCCUAAGCGCCAACCUGCAAUCCAUCCACUCGCGCGCCACCGACCCGGCCCUACCCGCCCUGCCGAGGGUGCCCCCCGAGCUGGUCGAGUACGUCGAGAACGGCCGCAACCCGGACAUCUACACGCGCGAGUUCGUCGAGGCCGUGCGCCGCGGCAACCAGCUCAUGCGCGGCAAGCAGAGCGCCUUCGCCUCCUUUCGCAACGUGCUGGCUGGCGAGAUGGAGCGCGCUAUGCCCGAGCUGAGGGACGAUGUGGCGAGGGUGCUGGUGAAUACGGCGAGGAGGUGAGGAGGGAAGGGGGGGUGAGUUGUGGUUGGUUGGUGGCUUAUGGGAGGAGGGUAAUAGAUGUAAUAUGAGCGAAGAGUAGAUCUCGGUUGUAUUUCUCAAGAAGGGUAUUUGGCUAGCACUACAACGCACGAUAGCGUCAGGAACCAUAGCGUUUGAUUAUACCUACCUACACAGGACGAUACUAAUAAAUUCAGUUUGCUUGGCAUUAGAGGUUUGCCCAGCCUUA